GCAGUCUGUCUGUGCUUGUCCGCCCGCCCGCGGUCUUGUCUUGGCUGCUGUCUCCGCUGAGGAGGGCGGAACAAAGGAAGGGCGCCGGUCGGAGCUCGGCGAUGGUGGGCAUCCCGGGAGCCUCCCAGUUUGCAAGUGAGAAGAGGGCACCAGUAAUGCCAGGAUCCCCUGUGGAAGUAAAAAUACAGUCAAGAUCAUCUCCAUCCAGCAUGCCGCCACUGCCUCCUGUCAACUCUGGUGGACCCCGGCCCGUCUCAUUUACCCCAGCAGCAUUACCCAAUGGGAUGAAUCAUUCUCCCCCUACACUCAAUGGAGCACCAUCACCCCCUCAGAGGUUCAGCAAUGGACCUGCUUCUUCAUCUUCAUCCUCACUGACCAAUCAACAGCUUCCAGCAACUUGUGGGGCUCGUCAGCUCAGCAAAUUGAAACGCUUCCUUACCACCCUCCAACAGUUUGGCAACGACAUUUCACCUGAGAUUGGGGAGAAGGUCCGGACUCUUGUUUUGGCAUUAGUGAAUUCUACAGUGACAAUAGAGGAGUUUCACUGCAAGCUUCAGGAAGCUACUAAUUUUCCUCUUCGCCCAUUUGUGAUUCCUUUUUUGAAGGCCAACCUUCCACUUCUGCAGAGAGAGCUGCUGCACUGUGCUCGAGCGGCCAAACAAACGCCUUCCCAAUACCUGGCCCAGCAUGAACACAUCCUGCUGAAUACAAACACUGCAUCCCCAGCUGACUCUUCAGAGCUGCUGAUGGAGGUGAAUGGAAAUGGAAAGAGGCAUAGUCCAGAUAGGAGGGAAGAGAACAGUUUUGAGAGAGAGCCACUCCCAUCAGAGCCACCUACCAAGAGGGUGUGCACCAUUAGUCCGGCACCGCGGCACAGCCCAGCUCUGAUGUUGCCAGUCAUCAAUCCAGCUGGGCAGUUUCAUCCUACUCCACCCCCACUCCAGCAUUACACCCUGGAGGACAUUGCCACAUCCCACUUGUACAGGGACCCAAGCAAGAUGCUGGAGCACAGGGAAUUACGUGAUAGACAUAUUAUAGCAGGGUUAAAUGGAGGCUAUCAGGAUGAGCUCGUGGACCAUCGCUUAACAGAGAGAGAAUGGGCUGAUGAAUGGAAGCAUCUUGAUCAUGCAUUGAAUUGCAUCAUGGAAAUGGUAGAGAAGACCAGGCGCUCCAUGGCUGUUCUCCGCCGUUGUCAGGAGGCUGAUAGGGAAGAGCUCAAUUACUGGAAGAGGCGAUGCAGUGAACCCACAGAGCCACGGAAAGGAGGGAGUGAUGUAACUGUGAGACAACACAGCCCAGGGAGCUCAGAUUCCAUCAGCAGUGAUUCUCAGCGUGAGUUCAGUAGCAGGUCAGGAGCAGCAGGCUAUGUCACUGAAGAGAUAUGGAAAAAGGCUGAAGAAGCUGUGAAUGAAGUGAAGCGCCAGGCCAUGUCUGAAGUCCAAAAAGCUGUAGCAGAGGCUGAGCAGAAGGCAUUUGAAAUGAUUGCAUCUGAGAGGGCCCGCAUGGAGCAGACCAUUGCAGAUGCAAAGCGGCAGGCUACAGAAGAUGCUUUCCUAGUGAUUAAUGAGCAAGAGGAGUCCACAGAGAGUUGCUGGAACUGUGGUCGCAAAGCCAGUGAGACAUGCAGUGGGUGCAACAUUGCCCGCUAUUGUGGCUCCUUCUGCCAGCACAAAGAUUGGGAGAGACACCAUCGAAUCUGUGGGCAGGGCUUACACAGCCAGAUUAAACCAGUUCCCUUACCAACAGGGCGGUCUGCAGCCACUGCCCUGAAAACAGUCGAAGGGAUAGCAAGCCCAGCUCUAGAGAAAACAUCAGCUACCACCUCUCGGUCAUCUACUCCAGCAUCUGUGACAGCAGUGGACUCAAAUGGGCUCUGAAAGAGAAGAGUGCAUUCAGCACAUUUUAUUGUUUUUCUACAUUAAAAAAGACACCUCGAAACAUUGUCAAAAGGUUGUACUCCAGCACAUUGGCAAUCAAGUAAUGUGACUUGAGGCAUUUUUCAUACCAUUAUGAUGUCAGUUUUAGGAAUCCCAUGUUAGCCUUCCAUAUUGGGAUAGCAGAAAUCUCUCCCUAGUUUUCUGGCAUUCUGAGAACUUUGGCCUGUUUGCCUUUUAUCUGAACUUUCUCAAAUGGUUACUCCGUUGUUGUUAUCACUCAGAGCUUCAAAUGAGGAGACUGUUUCUCGUUUUACCACAAAGCUGACCUUCUCAUCCCUUGGUAUUUAGAUUCUUUCUCUGUACAAUCCAGACAACUCCACCCCCCCAUCCCCCGGUGGCUCCAGGGUUUAACAACACUGUGAUGGGGUUUGCAUGGUCAGGAAAGGUGGUUUCUUUCCCCUGUCCUGUGAGUGCCAGUUGUCUGCUGCCUCAUUUUCAUAAUUAUCCACAUGGGUUGCCAUGCAUCCACACCUUGAUCUAAGGUUCUGGGUUGGUUUGGAAGCCAUCCCUGUCACUCACCCUCACUGGCGUUGAACCAUAAACCAAUCUAAGUAUGGCACUGGUAAUUCUGGAAAUGAGAUGGUGCGCAAUCAGUACAUGGAAUCAGUACAAAGAAGUCCUUUGGAGGUUUUUUCCCCCUGUCCCUGUUUAUGCAAGCCCAGCCUGUGUGUAAGAGAGCAAUUUCUUAGAAAUUGUUUUUCUUGGGCAUCAAGUUGAAGUGAGAUAUAAGUGGAUGCCUGGUUGUUAGUCCUGCCUGUUUCUACCCUUGCUUUCUGGCUACUAAAUUUUUUCAUUCAUACUCUCAAGCUGGACACAUGAGAGGAAGGGAGAGGCAGAAGCAUGUUGUCCUUGUUGGCUAAAAGUAGGAUCUAAAAGGACUUUAUGAAACAGCCCUCCAAGCCAAUGCACUUGACCCAUUCUAAGCCCUUGAAGUUCUGGAGCAGGCUGUCUAUGGGCUUUAGGUGUCAUCCAAAGACAUUUGUAAAGUGGCUUGCCACUCUUUCCACAAAACAAAUUGAUUCAUUUUGUUAUCCCAACCCUAUCACUGCUCCUUGAUGGUUGUCUGCCUAAGAGGAGUUUGUUUUAAAUAUGUUGUUUGAAGUUCAGCACUGUAUAAACUAACACAACAAACAUACAUUCUUUCAAUAUCCUGAUCUCUCAAAGUACUGUUUGCUAAAUUAAGCAAGGGUGCAUCUUCAAAUUGCUGUCCCCAACUAACAGUUCCAUGUGUUGAAAACAAAUCAGUGUGGCUCCUUUCCAAAGCAUAGCUAAGAUUCUGAGAUCUGCCUUUUGCAUCUUUAGCAACUUGCCUAUGUUUCCUUUGCUGCAUUUGAAAAGGAUGUUUCUAGAACUGGAAUUUGCAACUUUGGGCAAUCUGAGAACCAUUUCUGCCCUCCCCCAGAUUCUGCCCCCACACAUGCUGCGCUCUGCAGGGCACCAAGUGUAGCAGACAACAAAGCUUUAAACUGAUCUAAUGUAGCUUCUUCUUAAGCUACACUUGACCCUUUUGGUGUUCUGUAGCAUGUACCUGUGAGUUGUCCACCCCUGUUCUAGAAGGAUACUUGAAUUUAAAUCCAGUGGGUUGUGAUGCUUCAUCUUUAGUAUGCCAAACUUGACCAUGAGUGAGAUGGUUGAAUCAAAUGGCAGAGCUAAGGAAAGGCACAUAAGGAAACAUAGCUGUGAUGGUUUUGUUGUGCAAAUUCCUAGGGAACUAGGUAGUGGUGCCUCCAGCAGGCACUGGCAUAAAGGAAAAAUGUUAGUCCCCAUGCCUUCUGCACAGCCUCAUUCUCUUAUCUGCCCUACCCCCCAGCUGAUUUUAGCCAACAAAAAGGCAAUGGGUGGUGCCUUCCCAAUUUCCAAACUCACAUCUAGUUUACCUUAUACAAACUCCUUUCUUUUUAUUCUGAUUCAUGUGUUAUAUGUCUCAAUACAUUUAUGUCUGUAGAGAUGCAACUAUAUUGAGAAAAACACCUGAAAUCCUAUGUGAAACUGAUCCCUUAGUGAUACAUUGCCAAAGAAGGACUGUUUUAAAAUUCAUACUGAUCAGUGAAGAAGAACGAUCAAAGUUUUAAGCUUACCAAACUAUUCUGAUUAAUUGGAUACCCCUAUUUGAUGCAGAAUUCUUCACACAAAGAAACUGAGUAUUUUAAAACAGAACUCAAAGUCCUAUUAGCAUUACAAACUUUGCUAGUGCUGCAACCAACUACCAAGUUUGGUUUCUGCAGUAUCCCCCGUUGUUUGCCAUAAGUGUGCAGAUACUAAUUAAAAUUGUGGUGCUGAAAGUAUUUGCUUGCUUAUAAAUUUCAGUUGCCACCUAAUUCUCCAGAAAGAACUGAAUGCUACAAGAACAGUUCCAAAGAAUAGUGAAUGUGUGCGAAACUGCAAGAACAUGCACUGGCAUUCUGAAAUUGUGUGUAAAUAGACAGUCUUCCAUAACUUAACAUGCAACUACAAUGGCUUUCUGUGUAUCAAGAAACAAAUACAUUAAUGUACAUAAGUUAAAGACCACCAGUCAUGAUUUUAAAAUGAUUUUUGGAAAAUGUGAAUUCUACUAUGCGAAGACUUCAUGAAUUCUGAUUUCUAUAUAUAUUUUUUGUCAUUUGAUUCUAUACUAGGAUUUUUGUUACCUAUUUCAUGCGCAUAACUUAUUUAAUGUACUGUAUAAAGGAACCAAACUGUUACAGAUGUAUCUAGUUUGUUCUACUCACAGUAGUCAAUAAAAAGACUAUAUUCAUCUUA